AUGUUCGACAACGCACUAAUAGCAGAACGCGAAAUGCUGAAAGAUGAAGCCAAACACCCAAACAAUUACAUGCCGAGCAAUUGGAGCAAGAGGUACGGUCCGAUAGAGUUGCAAGCUCGGUUCCUCAAAUUUUGUGAAAACGUUACGAGGAAAACUCGCUCGUCAAUAGCGCACGAGCUGAACGUACCAUAUGGAUCAUCUGAGCGUGCCAAGUACGAUAUAUACGGAACCGAUCUUCCGGAUGAUGCACCGAUUUUUAUAUUCAUUCACGGCGGCUAUUGGAUGGAGUUCAGCAAGGACUUGUCGGGUUUUUCGGUCCCAAAUUUCGUGGCUCAUGGGAUUAAAGUUGUUGUAGCUGGUUAUGACUUGUGUCCAAACGUAAGAUUAACCGAUAUUGUGCAGCAAAUAAAAUUACUGGUUGAAAAAAUCAUAAUUUUGGCUCAGUCUUUAAAAUCUAAAUGUAUCUGGCUUGGGGGUCAUAGUGCUGGUGCCCAUCUCGCAGAAAGUUUGCUGCACGACCACAAAUGGCGAGCUUCAAAGCACAGUUGCCUAGAGCUGCUUAAGGGUCUUGUACCCAUUGGCGGAAUUUACGAUUUGAAACCAGUGCUUUCUUUAAGUGUCAACGAGGCCGUUAAGCUCACUUCAGAAGAAAUCAGUUUGUAUACUUUCGCUCCAAUCGAUGAAUUGAAAAAAUUAGAAAACAACUCAGAGUGUAUAAGCAAUUUAAAAGUUAUCCUAGCUGUAGGGGAAUGCGAUUCCCCUAUCUUUGUCGAGGAAUCCAAACGAUAUGCACGAAGACUAAUACAAUUUGUAGAUAAUAUCAAAUUCUUACUGCUGAGGAACCAUAUCGACCACUUUGACAUAGUAGAAAAUCUUACAACAAAUGACUUAUUACUAUCGAAAAUCCUUAUACACAACGUAAAAAACAUUAAAUGA